GCCUUGCCUGCUUUGCCUGCCAGUCGGCCGCGCUCCACCAGGUGGCACGGACGACGGCGCGCCCAGCCACGCGGGGUCACGGGAUCAAUAACUUGAUUUAGUCAAGGCAGUGGAAUUUUUGUUUGAAAAUGGACGCCGACGGGGACGCCGACACGGUGCUGGACUACGACGGCAAAAGCGCCAGCGGCACCGAGGCGGUGAAGGUCAUCUGCUUGGGGGACAGCGCCGUCGGGAAGUCCAAGUUGUUGGAACGGUUCCUGCUUGACAAAUUCAAGCCGCAGACGAUUUCGACCUAUGCUCUAACUUUAUACAGAUACUCGUCGAAAGUUAAGGAUGUUGAUGUGAUUGUUGACUUUUGGGACACUGCCGGCCAAGAGAUGUUUCAAUCCAUGCAUCCAUCAUACUACCACCAAGCGCAUGCUUGUAUUAUGGUAUUUGAUGCAACUCGCAAAAUAACUUACAAAAAUUUGGAGCGAUGGUACAAAGAGCUACGUCAAUAUAGACCCCACAUACCAGUCUUUUGUGCUGUCAAUAAGAUUGAUGCAAAUAUGGAUGUGACACAGCAGAAAUUUGCCUUUCCUGAGAAAAAUGGCAUUCCUCUGUAUUAUGUAUCAGCUUCUAAUGGUAUGAAUGUUGUAAAGCUUUUCAGGGAUGCAGUUGAGGCAGCAUUGAUGUACAAAAAAGAUCCACCAGAUGUAACAGACCAAAUAUUUCAGGAAUUACAAAGAUUGUGAGAAAAUUUGUGAUAACAACACUAGAAUAUGACGAAAAAGCACAGUGAAAAUCAGAGAAGAAAAAAGGCAUUUAAGAUUUUAAGGAAAUUUAAAAAGGGUGGAGAGAGAAGAAAAAUCUGUCACUGAUAUGGGACCAAAUUCACAAAAUCCCUUGCUAUUGGAAUGAUCUCAGUACAAGGAAUUGCGAGAAAACAAGGCGUCCAAGAAUAGAUAACUUACAAAGAAUAGUAACAAAAACAAAAACUGAUAAGAACUUAAAAUAACUUUGUUCCUACAGUAAAGACUUAUUGGUCCAUCCUAUAAAAUUAUUGCUAGAGAAUUACUGUUAACACAAUCAAUGAUAUAAAAAUGUACUUCUGAACAGAACUGCCUAUACCUGUUGAUAUUUAUUCAUAAGUUUUUAAAUUGUUAUCAAUGUUACAAACAUCAUUUUUGUUAUUGUUUAGCGACUGAGGAAUGAUAAUGUAAACCAAUAAAUGAGGCAAAAAGCAUUGAA